AUGUCCUUCGGAGGCCAGCGGGCUGCGGCUGCGGAGAAGCUCCGGGCCGGGCCGGGCACUCGGGCGCCUUUGAAGGACCAGGUCCCGGCUGGCCACCGCCGCCCUCCCUACCGGGGCUCCGGGGUCAGUUUUCCAGGCCGUGAGGCUGUUCCCCAGGCUGCUCAGGGCCGGGAGCCCGGCCGUGGCCUGAGGCCCUGCGGUGGCUCUGCUGGAGCUGGUGUCCAGGGCAGACGGGGAGCCAUCGGGGAGGACGCAGAAGGCGCCCCGAGGCACGAGGGGUGGGAGGGGCUGCGUGCCCGUCGGGGCCGCGCAGACGGUCGGUCAGGGCAGGGAGUGGCCGUGGGGCCCAGCACCAGCCGGUGCCCGGAGCCCUAUGCUCCUGCUCGCAGUGUCCCCAGCCGGGCCCCUUCCAGACGCCCCUGGCAGAGGGUCCCUUCCAGGGGAACUUCAUUCAGGACGAGCUGGCCAACCGGGCGCCUCUGUGGAGGGGGUGUGAGCUGGGCGGGCGCCCCGAGAGGCAGGCAGGCAGGCCCCGCCCAGCAGCGGAGGAGGGGGGUCCGGCUGGGGGCCCUGGGCUUUCACGCCCAUGUCUUUGUCCUCAGGGCUGAAGAAACACAUGAAAAAUACAGCCCAGGGCCGGGCGAGGAGCCCCCCGCUUCCCGGUGCUUUCGCUGCUGUGACCCCGGCCCCCCGGUGUACCCCGCCAUCCCCGCGCCCCAGAUCAACAUCACCAUCCUGAAAGGGGAGAAGGGCGACCGCGGAGACCGAGGCCUGCAGGGCAAAUUCGGCAAGACGGGCUCGGCCGGCGCCAGGGGCCACGCGGGGCCCAAGGGGCAGAAGGGGUCCGCGGGGGCCCCCGGCGACCGCUGCAAGGCCCAGUACGCGGCCUUCUCGGUGGGCCGCAAGAAGCCCCUGCACAGCGGCGCCUACUACCAGACCGUGGUCUUCGACACCGAGUUCGUGAACCUGUACGGGCACUUCAGCAUGUUCACCGGCCGCUUCUACUGCCACGUGCCCGGCGUCUACUUCUUCAGCCUCAACGUGCACACCUGGAACCAGAAGGAGACGUACCUGCACGUGAUGCGCAACGCCGAGGAGGCGGCCAUCCUGUACGCGCAGGUGAGCGACCGCAGCAUCAUGCAGAGCCAGAGCCUGAUGCUGGAGCUGCGGGAGCAGGACGAGGUGUGGGUGCGGCUCUUCAAGGGCCAGCGCGAGAACGCCGUCUUCAGCGACGAGUUCGACACCUACAUCACCUUCAGCGGCUACCUGGUGAAGCCGGCCUCCGAGCCCUAGGGCCGCCGCGGGCUGGCUCC